UUCCGUCCACCUUCCAAAUUCAAUCAAAUCCUCUUUCCAUUUUGCCCCAUACGCGUCUCUAUGAGGCCAUUAUUCCAUCACCAUUAACCGACCUCUCUCCUCCUUAAAACUCCUCUCUUUUCUUCUCUCUUACCCACCCAAACCACAAACAGAUCAUCUCUCUCUUAUAUUUUGCUCAGAUAAUCUGUUCAUCAUAUUUAAUUCCCUUUUUUCUUAGAUAAUUUGUCUGUGAAAAUAUAUGGCUCAGAGAACAGAGAAAGAAGAGACUGAAUACAACAAAGUCGUACAUGAGAAAACCUUAACACUUUGCGUUAAAAGUUGCGGUGUCAUCGGCAAUCCAGCCACCAAUAAUAUGUGCCAAAAUUGCUCUAACGCUAGCUCCUCCAAGGUCGCAUAUCCUCAUAAAUUCGCCAACAUAUUAACCAGAUCUACCUCGUCCGAUCUAAAAAAAUAUGUCGAUCGAGCGGUGAAAGAUGAUGAUAAGGCAAAGGAGAGCGUUUCACCGGCGAAGAGGGAGGUGAACCGUUGCUCUGGUUGUCGGAGGAAGCUAGGAUUAACCGGCUUCCGUUGCCGGUGCGGUGAAUUAUUCUGCGGCGAACACCGUUACUCUGACCGUCAUGAUUGCAGCUAUGAUUACAGAACCGCCGGCCGAGAGGCGAUCGCGAGGCAGAAUCCGCUCGUCAAAGCCGCGAAGAUCGUUAAACUUUGAACGGCGAAAGAGAUAUACUCCAUAUGGUAUCAUCGUCAAAUUGGAUUUCAGUUGAAGUGAAAGGGAGAAAGAGAUUUGCUAUCGCGAAGAUCUCUGUAGCUGCUGUGUUACUGCUCUGUUUGGGAUAUGCUGUGCUAUCGAAAGAGAGUAUGAAGAAGCGCAGAGAGAAAUUAAAAUAUAUUUUUAAUAAAUAUUUGAAGUUAAAUUUGUUGUGAUGAAAUUUCUCUCUGAAUUGUUAUUGAUGGCUCUGUUUUCUCAUAUUAACAUAUGAAAAAUUUAAAAGGUAUAGCUUUGCAAUUUAUUUCAUCUUUGUUUGGCUGCCAAUCAAAGUAGAAACCGUAUGGAAAUUUAAAUCA